AUGUCGAACACACAUGUAUUAUCAUCUUCUAUGAUGAACAAUCAAUUGAAACAGUCAAAAGCGCUUGUCAAAGUAACCGAUGUUAAUUAUGAAAAUUUCAAAAACGUUCAACAACAGAACACUCCUAUCAUAUACAAUCAAUCAAGACAAUUAAAUACGUUAUCAUCUAGAGCUUAUUAUCUUCCAUCGAAUUCUCCGUCAAUCAAAGAAAUAUCUCCAAGAAGAGAUGCAUUCGAAGAUGCCACACAACAAAAAUCAAAUUUAAUCGAAAAGAAUAUAAAAGUACAAGUAUGGAAAAAAGUUAGACCUAUGCUCAUUGGUUUCAGCUUGGCUCUUGGUGUAACCAUAUGUGUCAUUGCUGGUUUAGUUAUAUUUAUAACUACAAAACCAAAAGAAUCAAAUAGUUCAUCAAGUAACACUACUCAACAGACAUGUGAUGUCACUUGUACAAUGUCAGGAACUCCAUAUCGUCCGUCAACUAUUGCAUAUUGGCCAUUCAACGGCAAUCUUUAUGAUUUGAAUAAUAUCUAUUCUGGAACUUACUCUGUACCAUCAUCUUCACCUAGUUAUACGACUGAUAGUUUCGAUCAAGCAAUAGUAUUUGAUGGAAGUCAUUAUGUUAAUGUAGAUACACAUUUUCUCAAUCUAAGCUAUCGAAGUUGGACUAUAGAAGGGUGGAUCUUAUUAAGUGAUUUAUCUAGUGAACGUGGCAUUUUCAGUCAAUCUCGGUCAUCGACGACAACUGGACAAUGUUUCAAUUUAAGUGUCAAAAAUAAACGUUUGUAUUCUACUUUCACCAAUGAUGACAUCAGCGGUACCACUUAUUUAACGAUAUCAACAACCAAAUAG